ACAAACAGGUGUGGCGAGAAGUAGCGUUUGUUCUCGGUUAGGGCUGGUGACACAGAAAGAGUAGCCCCGACCGAAACACCUGUUUCAUAUUGGACGGGGUAUCCCCGGCGAUGAGCGUGGGCGAUCCGGCGGAGACACCACGGCAGAAGUUUACAGUUCACUCGCAUUGCCGUCUGCUCGCGGUGAGGGUGACUGGCUAUCAAGUGACACCGACUUUCAAACGGAACGAGCACAAUUCGGCCCAAGUGGUGGAUUUUACUGGGAUAUAUAUAUCAAGCCUGAUCUCAAGCGGCUUGUGACGUCACAAGAUGGACGGGAAGGAUGAGAACAACCAUUUGGAGGCCAUCAGCCGGGCGAUGUACAAGUUCCGGGAUUACGUUAUCCACGUCAUGUCAUUCCUCAUGUACAGAUUCACGCGCUCAAUCAUUGUCACGUUCCAGAAAUUCACGUGGGCUGUCACGGGCGUGGAGCGAAUCCGUCGUGACGCCAAACGGGGAUUGCAAUUCAAACAAAGUGCGCAUGUGCAGGAGAUAUUCUGGAAGCGGAAGUUCCUGCCUACCACCAUUGCGGACCCUAAUAACUUUAUCGCCCUGCAUAAAGGAUUCAAACACCCAAACUAUGUUCUCAAGCCUUUCGUAUCGCUAUACUGCAUGACGAAAGAUGAAGCAGUGUUUGUUGAAACUCCCGAAGGUGUUAACAUAUACCGUGACAAAAAGUCAAGACCUUUAUACGAGGCUCAAUUUGAGCAUGCGACAAAGAUGAUAACGAUGCCCUUAGCUUCCUUCCACAAAAUUGCUUCUGAUGUUGGGGACCCCCGAACGAGGGUGGUCUGGUUGUCCAGCACAGAUCACUGCGGGUCAUCCCUCUUGGCCCAGGUAUUCUCUAGGGUGCCUGGGAUGAUGGUCAUUUUGGAACCAGACGCCAUAACGAAACUUGGGUUCCUGUGGAAAUACCACAUUUUGAAGAAGGGGGAAUAUGAACAGCUGCUAGCUAGCGCAGUUCGUCUGCUCUGCAAACCAGACGACAGGGCGGGGAUGAUCUGCGUGAAAACCCGGUCAUGCGCAACACGCCAGGUCGAAGACAUUGUGAUGCUGUUCCCCAAGAUAAGACAACUCUUCAUGUAUAGAAACAGCCUCAAGACCCUUGUGUCAUCCCUUAACAUGUUACAAAUAGACCCGGCGGCUAAGGCGAUGCGAUUCGUAAUGGAUAAUGACAUUCUAUCCACAAUAUUUCCAUGUUUUAGGUCAAUGAUGUACAAUUACUACGUUAGACUCAACGAGAAGCAGAUAGACACUCUCAGACCAUCCAAGAUGUCCACCGUAGGCAUCUUCACCGCGGCGUGGGCAGCGGCCGUAGCCAGAGUCGUGGAGAAUAGGGAGAAGGGCUUCCACAUCAUGCCCGUUCUUUAUGAAGACAUCAUGAAGGAUCCCAGAAGGAGUUGCGCCAUUCUGUUUGACCGUCUUGACAUUCGCAAGGAAGCGUUGGCGUUAGCUCUGGAGGCGUUCAAAGUGGAUUCGCAGAGGAGUGCGGUGUAUGGUUUAAUGAACACGGAUACCCGUCGCGCUAUCCCACAGGAAAGUAGGAUAGAGGCGGAUACUAUUCUCAAGAAGUAUGGACUUCUCAAACUAGGGGAGAGGUUUGAGAUUCCUGGUUUGAUCAAGCUGGAUUAAUAACAUUAAAUUAUAAAAGGCGGUUCUAUUCUACAGACAAUGAUUGAAAACGCUCAGGGCACGUUUUUGUGCCUAACAGCUGACAGCGUUUUAUGCGUGUACCAGCAUGUAUUUGCAGCUGAAUAACAUCUUGAACGCCGCGGACGCUCAUCCUACCUUAAGAUCCAAGUUUAAAAAUCAAAAGCAUCGUCAUGAAAAUAUUGGAAUCAAACCAUCUUGAACAAUGCAACUCCACAUCACUACCUUUGAACUUCCGCUUGAUUAUGAAUCAUGAAGACAUUUGAAAAGCAUAAUCAUAAAUUAUGUUAGAAAUUGAACCAUGCAUCUUGAAAAGUUUAGCAUCAUAACAGUAAUGUUUGGUAAAGGUCUCAGGACCACCUUUACCUGAGACAUCCAUCUUUAACAAGGCGCCUGAACUUGCCGUUCAGUCCAAUAGUACCUCGGACUGCAUUAGGAGGAAUCCAUUGCCACUCGAGGUAUAUCUCGUCAGCGGAAUAAGCCGAGUGAUCCCGAGUGCCUACCAAAGAAGCAGGCAUCUUCUCCGGGAGGAUGGAAAUCAGGAAUGACAGUGCUAAUGCAUUGAGAACAGGACGUUAGUAAUAUAACAUAUAAGCGGCACUAGGCUCCCUCAGAUUCUUGCCCAUACCCACAACAUGCCAUAUGUUAUACUGAGACAUUGCCCCCGUGGAAUCAGACAUAAUUCAUCAACUACCAUUUGUCCAAAAAAAUUGAAUCAGGUUUGCUUAGUCUGCUAAAUGGAGUCGAGUUGCCCUUUAAGCCACGUGUACAUAUCGCUUGUUGCUGGCCGUAGGAUAGUAAUGUAAUAUAGGCUAGUUGUCCUGCUGGAUUUGUGGAAUAGGUACAUAGACGUGUAGAAAAUAUGUUGGAAUGUGAGGAUGUGUGAGAAGAGUCUAGUCCCUCCAUUGAACGUUAUUCCCAUGAGGCACGGGUUAGAAUUGGUCCCCGGUAAUCUAUGCUUGUCGUAAAGGCGAAUAAAAUGUACUGUAGGUCUGGCUCGGUGAUUUGGGUGCGUGUCAUCGCACCCAGACAACGCCAGAUGGUGGUUGUAAUAUCCAUCACUUGGUUGCUUGGUCUAGUUUCGAUAUUUGACAGAUCGUCGUCAUAAAGCUGGAAUAUUGCUUUCAAUGUCAGCGAGCACUUCUCCGUUGCAAGUGCGAUUGGGACGCCUUGUGGUUAAAGCGUUUGCUCACAACGCCGAGGACCCAGUUUCGAUUUCUUGAGCCUAAAACCAUAGAUUAACCAUCGUUAGAAGGACGUAAUGAGUGAGUCAGUAUGGUACGCUGCUUUUAGCAAUAUUGAUGAUAUCUCAAAGCGAAUGUCACAAAGAAAUAGCCUUCAGACAUUGUACAAGUAGGGAUAUAAACUUGCAUCUGAACUCUUGAUCCACUAAGCUUCCCAAUCGCCCGAACGUGAAUGCGAGAUGACAUUCUGUCGUUGUAUUAAAUCAGAAGGGUUGCGUUGUCGUUCCUUUGGUAUUUAAGCUAAUGUUGAAGCUCGAUCACAUGAUAGAUGAGUUUAAAUGCUUAUAACUACUUAAAUACAUGUUAUUCAUUAUUGGAAUGCAUUGGCAACAUUUCAUAACUACUUAAUAAACCCCUCGUUGUUCGUGUUUUAGUUUGCUUUCGGAAGUCAAAUGGAAUCUUUUGAUCCAAAAUGCUUAAAAACUGAAAAGUCACUGAAAAGAAAAGUUUAGGUUGUAAAACGAUACAGGUCGUGUAUCCGCGUCGCUUUCGCUCACCACAUUAACGUCCUUCACGAGAGGACAAAACAUCGAAGAGGUUAGGAAAGAUAUUUCUGAGUCAUUGAGCUUGGUCGACGUCUUUCUUUGUGCCAUUGGAGGGUGUGUGUGUUGUAUAUGAUAGCACGUAAAGCGUUUGCUCGUCACGCCGAAGCCCGGCUUCGAUUCCCCACAAUGUGAUGCUCAUUUCUGGUGUCCCCAGCCGUGAUUUUGCUAGAAUAUUGUUAUAAACGGCGUAAAACCUUACUCCCUACUAAUGCCUGGUCAUUGUUGUGGCAGUCCUUGGUCGUCUCAUGGGAGAACUCGAAGUACAGCUCAGCCAUGUACAGUACGGCCGACAAAUAACCAACACGUGUCUGCCUUUAUUUACACUCCCUGAUUGUUCACUGAAGCCCGCGGUUAGUCUUGCGUUUCAGUUGCAAGAUUUCUAGAAUUUCACAAAACUGAAAUGUCUCGUACAAAGUCCACCUUCGUUUAGAUAGUUUAGGUGGCCGUCAUUUCAUGUACCGACCACACGUUGAGUACGUGACGAUAUGUACUGCAACCAUGAUCGCGUCACUCUCUCCGGAAAGUCAUCCCUGUUUCACAUUCAGUUACAACAUAAUAGUUCUUAAUUCCUUCUUUAGUUUCUAUCAUAAAUCAGCUCUCUUAGGUAAAUAUUUGAGCUUACUAGUCUAGUUCCAUUCCAUCCCUUUCUUGUGUAACAGCAUUCUAUGACAAAAUUUAGGUACUGUAUAUUAAUGUUGGUGCCAAUUUUAUGCACGGGGGCACGGCUGGCCCAGUCGUCUAAGGCGUCGCAAUUCGCUGUGCAGAGUUGCCUCCCUUGGACACGUAAGAAACAUGUGAUUAUGUUUCUAGGUUUGUCAGCACCAUUUCCGUGCUCGUGGAUUUCACCGAAGUGGUAAACGUCUAAGACCUGCAUCACUUCUGGCAUUCCUCCCACAUUAAGCUGACACGCGGCGAUAAAACUGGAAUACUGUUCAAAGCGGCCUUAAACCCAACUCAAACGAUUUUCUGCCACACCCUUACACCCUCACCGACAAAUUCUCGGUCUUCUUUGAAUAUUAAAGCAUGAAUAUGUGACGCAUGAAGAAUGUGUGUUUCGUUGCCUUAUAUCACAAUUGUAUAUUUAAUACGUAUAUAUAAUCAUAAUUGGCGACAUUCUGAAUCAUGUUAUCAUACGAUUACUAAUUGCCAAUUUGUACCAUAUAAUUGUGUCUAAUUGUGUUACAUGUGUCAUCAGAUGUAUUUCAUCUCACAUGUUUAUGAUUGUUGGUGAUUGUGGCAUUUUGUGUGUGCUUUCACAAUGAAAACGAUUCGAAAUGUUAUUUUGUAACAUGCGUUUGAUAUAAAACUGACGUUAUUAAA